UUACAUAUUUAACUUUGAUUCUGGACCAUUCAUCUGACCCUAUUCGUCCGUCUAGACUCUGCAAAUAUCGUUUUUAACGGUCAACCAUCAUGUUCCUCAACCAACACUCAUUACUUGUAUAAAUCAUUCAUACAUUAUCUGUUUACUUGACUUCAACUCAUUCAACAAAAUGGCAGAAUCAAACAUAUGCAAAGAUGUCAUCAAGGUUUCUGUUUCUGGCUUUAACUCUCUCAGCUCAGAUCUCACUGAGCUCAUUCUUUCCAUUCUGCCUCUCACGUCCAUCGUACGCGCCACCGCGGUUUGCAAGCAUUGGCACUCCAUUGUCACCAGCUCCACCUUUUCAUCUGCUGUGGCGGUUACUCGGAAAAAGCCUUUCUUGUUUCUCUAUGGCCUCAACAAUAUUUUUCCAAGAAACAAUCAAUUACUUGCUUUUGACCCUCAUCUCGAUAAGUGGCUGAAUCUCCCUGUUUUUCGACACCAAAAUGAUUCUUCUUUUAUGGGAUGUAAUGGAUACUAUGUUUGUACCUCGGGCAGCAGCUUUAGUUUUUGUCCGAUUUUGAGCCGGGAUGUGCAUGUCACAUGCAUGUUGAACUGUCCUAGAUUGAAUCCUUUGGUUGGUGCGUUUUAUGAUAAAGGAUGUGAAUUGCCGAGAUUUAUUGUUGUAGGUGGAGUUAAGUUUGUGGGUGGUUUGGUUGAUAUAGAGGAUGGACUGUUUGUUGAGAUUUAUAAUCCUCAUUGUGGUUGUUGGGAAAAUUGUUCCCCUUUACCUGCAGAUUUCCGGAAUGGGAAUACAUCUCAGUCUUUAUCAUCGGCCUUGUUUGAUGGUAAGUUUUAUGUUUAUGGGAUUUAUUCGGGUUUUGUCUCUACUUUUGAUUUGGAUACGCAUGUCUGGAGUGAAGUUCAGACACUUAGGCCUCCUGGCCUUUUAUUUGCCUUCUUGAUUUCGUGCAAUGAGCUUCUUGUAUUGGCUGGAUUGUGCAAUGAUCACCGUGGAGUCAGCUUUAAUUUGUGGAGUAUUGAUGACAAGACAAUGGAGUUUAGUGAGUUGGCAAUAAUGCCUGCUGAAUUGCUUGCUUGUUUGUUCGAUGGUCAUCAGGAAGAUUAUAAUUUUGCAAGCUUGAAAUGUGUGGGAUUGGAUGAUCUUGUGUAUGUUUUCAAUGAAGAGCGGCAUAUGAAUUAUACGGCAUGUGUUUGUGAGAUCAGCAAUAUAUCAAAGUGCAGCUGGAGACGGAUUCCGGAUUUGCCAGUACCUUUGAAUCACUUCCACAAGGUCACAAGCUUUUGUUCUAGUGUAUCAAUUGAUAACAUAGUUAAUUAGGGUCUCAAUGCUGUAUCAGAAUAAACGCUUAGGCAAACACUCAAGUGCUCUACAAACCUGAGUAAUCAACAAGUUCAAGCAAACAAGUUGGAGACUAGACAACAAUUUGCUGUUUUGAUAUUGUAGUUUGGAUACAGAUAAAUUUUUUUAGUUUCCAUUGAUAUAUCUUUUAGUUCCUAAGUAGCAAAUGUAAUUCUUGAGCGAUUCCCUUUUGGCUUGCAUUCUCUGCAAAUCCCCAGUUCUUCAAAUGCAUUCAUCCAGUUGCAAUUUGCAAUACUAUAUUAAAUCUUUGGUUCUAA